CACUCGGGGUGGGAGGCUGCUCUACAUAUGUCCCCUUCAUUCCCCUCUAGCGAGGACAGUGUCCUGCAACUCCAACCACCUUCCUAGGUACUGCUGUAGGCUACAGCGGUACCCCUGCAAGAGCCCAGGAUAAGGGGCUACCACUCAGGCCCAAAGUUCCUUGAACCCUGAGGCUGACUGGGAGGCUUCUUCUGUCUUUAUCCCCAGAGCCAGGCUGCAGGGGGCCUGGUGGAUCUCUGGUUCCCAGUCCCAGCCCCUCAUCCCAGCCCCUCUCUGAGGAGGAGGCAGGCAGCCGAGCCUCUGCAGCCAGAGCUUUUCAGCUCGGAGCUCUGGAGCCAGAUGUAACAUUGACCUUAAAUGGUAAAAGCUCCCCAGAGUGAAGAGAGGCUGGCCAGGGAGGAAAGGGGAAUAACUCAGUUUUAGGUAAGUCAUCGCUAUUGCCUAGAAUAACCUGCCUCUUCAGCCCGAGGGAAGCAGAGAGGCGCCUUCUCCUCCUUAAAGGCUGCGGAGCCCAAGCCUCUUGGAGCAUCUUUGGGGUUGACACAGCAGAGGUUCCAGGCAUACACAACCACUCCAGCCAGGAGGCUGCCAUGCCCCACAUUCCUGAGGAUGAGGAGCCCCCUGGAGAGCCACAGGCAGUCCAAACCCAAGACUCUCCCUCUGCAGGACCGUUUCACAGCCCUCCCACAAUCAUCCUGACGGGGGAUGCCAGUUCACCUGAAGGAGAAACCGACAAAAACCUGGCCAACAGAGCUCCCAGCCCCCACCGCAGGCUUUCCCACCGACACCUGAAGGUCUCCACGGCUUCGCUGACUUCUGUGGACCCCACGGGACAUGUCAUUGACCUGGUAAAUGACCAGCUGCCAGACAUCAGCAUCUCAGAGGAAGACAAGAAGAAAAACCUGGCGCUUCUGGAAGAAGCCAAGUCGGUGAGUGAGCGAUUCCUGGCCCGCCGCGGGAGGAAAUCAAGGAGCAGCCCUGGAGACUCCCCAUCAGCCAUUUCCCCAAACCUCAGCCCUGGAGCAUCUCCCUCGCCCUCCAGAAGCUGCUCGCUCACCCUUUCCACACCACCAGGUUUCGACACGGGCACUGGCCCGCAGUCCCCUUCGCCGGGAGGACCACCACAGCAAAAGGGGCAUGAGGUCGACAUCUCCUCAUCUCACCUCGGAGAGCCUAUUGUCUCCAAAGGGCUAGCCGACCGGAAGCAGAAUGACCAGAGGAAAGUGUCUCAAGGCAGACUGGCUCCUCGCUCUCCCACACUGGAGAAAUCCAAAGAACUUAGAGUAGAACAAAAGGAAAACUUUGAUCCCCGUCAGCAUCCGGAGGCCACGCCCACGGCUCAGGCUUCAGGAGCAAGCAUCAGUGGGAAAAUGGCCCUGAACAGCCCCCAAUCUGGCCCUGCUGAGGUGGAACUCGGAAGGCAGCUCCAGAAGACAGUCAAGGAAGGCAGCCCUCUGCCCCGAGGUGCAGUCCAAGGCUCAGGAGGAACUGUUUCCUCACACCUGCAGGGACAAGGCUCUGCUGGAGAACCUGUGGGGCUUAAGGCUGGUACCAAAGCUGAGCUGCGGCCCCCUGUGUCGCGCCCCCCCUUGAUACGGGGAGUCUCUUGGGACAGCAGCCCCGAAGAACCUGGUCCCCUGCUGCAGAAGGUACUUGCUAAACUGCCUCUGUCAGAGGAAGAGAAGCGGUUUCCAGGCAAAGCCAAGCUCGCUAAGCCGCCUGGGCUCAAGGACUUCCAGAUACAAGUACAGCCGGUGCGCAUGCAGAAACUGACCAAGCUUCGGGAGGAACAUAUCAUGAUGAGAAACCAGAACCUGGUGGGGUUCAAGCUUCCCGAACUGAGUGAGGCUGCGGAGCAGGACAAAGGGGUCUCUUCCGAACUCACCCCAGCAGCUGAGGAAGAAGAGCCGAAGAGCGGUCUGGAUGUGAUGCCCAGCAUUUCUGACAUACUGCUGCGCAAACUGAGGGUUCACAAGACGCUCACCGGAAGUGCCCCUCCACUCACUGAGAAGGAAGUUGAGAACGUGUUUGUACAACUGUCCUUGGCCUUUAGAAAUGACAGCUACACCUUGGAGUCUAGAAUUAACCAGGCUGAAAGGGAACGCAACCUGACAGAGGAGAACACCGAGAAGGAGCUGGAGAAUUUCAAAGCUUCCAUUACGUCCUCAUCAUCCAUCUGGUACCACUGUGAGCACCGAGAGACCUAUCAGAAGCUUCUGGAAGACAUCGCGGUCUUGCAUCGUCUGGCUGCCCGCCUCUCCAGCCGGGCCGAAGUGGUGGGGGCUGUGCGCCAGGAAAAGCGCAUGUCAAAGGCAACGGAAGUGAUGAUGCAGUACGUGGAGAAUCUGAAGAGAACGUACGAGAAGGACCAUGCCGAGCUCAUGGAAUUUAAGAAACUCGCAAAUCAGAACUCAAGCCGCAGCUGCGGUCCCUCUGAAGAUGGGGUCCCACGCACGGCGCGAUCUAUGUCCCUCACGAUGGGCAAGAACAUGCCCCGCCGGAGGGUCAGUGUUGCCGUGGUUCCCAAGUUUAAUGCCCUGAACCUUCCUGGCCAAGCCCCCAGCUCAUCGCCCAUCCCCUCCCUACCGGCUCUGUCUGAAUCGCCCAAUGGAAAAGGAAACAUAGCCGUCCCCCCGGUGCUGCCUGCUCUUUUGGAAAAUGGAAAGACAAAUGCAGAGGCUGACUGUGAAGCUUGUGCCCCCGCGUUGCUCCCAAGCUGCCUGGAGGACGUGAGCCAGGAGACCAAGGCCAGGGCAGAGGAAGAAGCCUACAACAAAGGAUACCAGGAAGGGGUAAAGAAGACAGAAGAACUUCAAGAGCUGAAGGAGGAGGAAGAGCAGAAGACAGAGAGCCCUGAGGAACCAGCGGAGGUAGAAGAAACUGAGGAGGAAGAGAAGGAGCAGAGAAGCAGCAAACUUGAAGAACUGGUCCAUUUCCUACAAGUCAUGUAUCCCAAAUUGUGUCAACACUGGCAAGUGAUCUGGAUGAUGGCCGCGGUCAUGCUGGUGUUGAGUAUUGUGCUUGGGCUCUACAACUCCUAUAACUCCUGUACAGAGCAGACCGAGGGGCCCCCUGGGAGAUCCACCUGCUCCGCGGCCCAGCGGGACUCGUGGUGGAGCUCAGGACUCCAGCAAGAGCAGCCAGCGGAGCAGUAGGCCCUCAGACUCCUUAGCCAUGCCCUCCUCUAGUGCAUUCACCCCACACCCUGUCCCCGCGUACAGUGUGCCAGGCCCAGGUGUGCCCAUGUGGCCACCCAUCCCAUCGGGGAACAAGGAGGCUUUCUCUUCCCCCUCGUCACCUCUGUGGAAGCUACUCACACAUCAUAAGCUGAUGCUUUGAAGGGAUCAGCAAAACCGCUCUGGGAAUGCAUCUGGUGGACAAAAAAUGACCUUCAUGAAGGACUCUGACACAAGGGAAGAGCUCUGCCCCUGACCCAGAGGGCUAGGAGAACUGAAGGCCCUUCAUUCAGAGGACAGCGUGAAGCCUGCUCUCUCUUUUCCUCCCUAUGUUUCAUAAUCAGGAAGAGUUGCAGUUAAUGGCCAGUACUGACCAUAAGGAUCAGACCUGGGACUUGGAGUCACAGCGUGGAUAUCUUCCCACUUCAUUUGCCACAACCACUCUUUAGCCUUCUCUCUCUCCUUCAGAAUCACCAUUUCUUGUCAGAGCAUGGGAAAAGCUUCCUCAGAAAAGUACACAGGCUAAAAGUAGCCCCAGGCUCGAAAGGAAGCAGGAAGAUGUGAGUUAAUAUAUAACGUGUCUUUAUGCAUAUGGACUGCACACGCAGCAUGUUUGUGCACAGACACCCACUCUCUGGAAGUGUGCUCUGCUCAGUGGCAGCCAUGUUGUGCCAAGCAAUUGGUUUUCACUGGGUAUGGAACAGUAGUCACCAGGCAUCCUUACAGGGAGCCCUUUACACACUCUGACGAUGUUUGAAAGCCCUAAGAAGUCACGACUGCGUUGCAUGUCCGGUGCCAGUUGAAGCUGCUCGUCGGCACAGUCUGUUCCCUGGUUGUGCAGUGCCUUUGAAAGUGAUCCUACAUAGCUAACCCACCCCUUGGGUAAGAAAAGGUGUGCCUUCCACUCCAGACUCUCACUCUGCCUUGCACCUCAGGGCUGCCGUUCUCAUGGUGUUUCCUGCCCAAAUGUGUCCUUUGGAAGACCUGCUCAGUAUCAAACCGAAGGGGCGCAUCUCACCUCCAGCACAGCGUCUCUCCCGCUGCUCGGCUGUUACCCUCAUUCGGCUCUCAUCAGUUAGAGAUAGGACUUCUGUGGUGGUUGCUUUUCAUUGUUUGUGUUGCUCACACUCAUGUAGACCUUAUUGUGAGUCAAAACUGUCUCAGUGUUAUAUAGGUAGUAAUUCAUUUAGUUCUCAGGAAAAACAAAAUCUGAAAUCGGUGUUUCUCUUUCUCUGUUCAAAAAAGGAAACAGAAGCAUAAACGAUACAAGAACAUACACACACGCAUACACACACACACACACACAUACACACAAACAUACACACACACACACACACACACUGACACAACUUGUCAAGCAUAUAUAGCUAGUAAGUAAGUGGUCUGGCUUCAGGGCUGUACCCCUAACCCUUCUCCUAUGGUCUCUCAGCUAGGCGCCUUCCAGCCUGAUCCCACCCCUGCCCAGCUGGCCCUUCUGCUGUUUCAAACCUGCUGUGGUUCCCAAAUGAAAUUGCUUCUCCUUCUGUAGGUCAGCUCACGAGCAUCUCUCCUGCCCUUGUCCUCUUCUCGCCACUCCUGAGGACCAGUCACAAACACUACCCCUCCAUACAGGCCUUCCACGUUCUCACCAUGCCCAGCAUCCUGGGGGCAUCCCGCUUAGUGCUUCUGGCACUUGUGAAAUUUCAACCCUUGACCUGUAUCUAUGGUCUAGCUUAUUUAUACAUCUGCUUCCCUGGACAUUUUCCCUCAAAUACUAUGCCUUACCAUCUCAUGGGUAGGUACAUAACACGACAAACACUUUGGAGGGAAUCAUUCAAUGUUGGUUGAAAGAACAAGUGAACAUUAAAGGUGGAGAGUAACCUAGAACAUGAGGUUUCCCAAUACCAUAACCCUCAGGACCCUCCUGUCUCCAUGAGAAACCUGUCACGAUUGAUUCCUAAUCUCAGCUUGUUUUUUAUCUUUCUCUGUUUACUCUGAGAGAACAAGAAUGGAACCAGACUACAGCAACCCCUUUCCCGAGUUCAAGUACAAGACUCCAUACAAUCACUCCUUUCAGACAGACAUGCCCCCCGACCAACCCUGACCAGGCCUCAUAUUAAAACACUGGUUUUGUAGGGACAUCCUUUGCAGUGGAUGGAAAUGGCAGAGUGAGGAACCCAAGGAUGUGUCAUUAAAGGUAAUGAGAUUCAGAGAGAGGCAGUGGGAUUUUGUGGGCAUAGGUAGAUUGUUUACCUGGUAUCUUUCAUAGGAAAAAAUACAGCCAAAGGAGAUUUAGCUGCAAAGCACUGUAUAGCCAAAGACAAGGUGCAGACGGAAUGCAGGGAGAGCAGCUGCUAGGACUCUAGGGGGUCAAUAUCUAGUCUCAGUCCAACCCCACACCUAAAGAAGGUCCAACUUGAGCGAGGCCUUUGUCCUUUGGGCCACAAAUUCCCACCACGUUCUAGGUGAGACAGAGUCAAGGGGAGCAUAUGCAAACUGCUUCAGCAUCAUCGCUGACCUCUGAAGCCUGCAGGAGCCCGGGGCCUAGACCAGCAACCACACUACUCCAGCUGUGAGGGCAGCUGAGGAAAAGAACAUCUCCAAAGACCAUAGCCAUACUUAGAACAACGUGGCUGAAAACACGCUCGUUGGGCCACCUUUUCAAGAAAACGGGGGAUAACUUGAAGCAGGCUCACCUGCUGCCACACAUGGCCAGUGACACGGAAGCCAGCCUUGUGUUUCCCAACAUCACAACAAAAUGAAAUAAAACUUUUCAUUCAAGAUGCCUCUGGAACCGGACAUUUCUGCUUCGCCUCCAGUGUCUGAUUGCCAGCCUUCUGCUGCAGAGGAAUGUGUUUGCGUCACCACUGAUGUCACUUCCUGAAGGACCUUCACUUUCUAGCCACCAUGAAGUCUGUCUCCUUUGUACAGCCUGGAAGAGGGAACAGCGAGGGAGACGCUGGACCUAUGUCACCAGCUGUCAGGCCUUCAUGUUAACCCCGCCCAGGUAGGUGUGCUAGUUCUGAACUUAGAAUGUCACAUAGCUGAGUUUGAAAAUAAACGCACAUUUCCAAACCUU